AUGCCGGCAACAGCACGUGCAGAAAGCCAAGCAGUCGACUGCACCGGCAUCAAUGCCGUCAGCCCCAAGUGCAGCACCAAUGAGACGGCCUACUUUCGCGACUUCUUCUACCUGGGCGGACGGUACCUGACGACGUCGUCGGGCAACCUCACCUUCGACCAGCUCUACGUCGAGAAGCUCACGCCGGCAUUGGGCGUAUCGCAGCCCAAGCCCCUGGUUUUCUUUCACGGCGGCGCCGUCUCGGGCGUGACGUGGCUCAACACCCCCGAUAACCGGAAGGGCUUCGCUUCGUACUUCCUGGAAAGGGGGUUCAUGGUCUACCUGGUGGACCACACGUCCGUCGGCCGCAGCAGCCAGAUGGACACGGCUGACUACGUGCUGUGGAACACGACGACGGCCGAAGGCGUCGAGGCCGCGUUUACUGCCCCCGAACUCGCGGCUGCGUAUCCGCAGGCUGUCAACCAUACCCAAUGGCCCGGCACCGGCAUCAAGGGCGACCCCUACUUCGAUGCCUUCCGCAAGACCGUCAUCCCCUUUACCAGCAACUGGACCACCGGCGAGCUGUCCAUGCGCGCCUCAGCCUGUGACCUGCUGGACCACAUCGGCCCUUCGUACCUCAUCUCCCACUCCUCCGGCGCGACCUAUUCCGUCCUCCUUUCGAAUGACUGCCCGCAAAAUGUAGCGGGGAACAUCAACCUGGAGCACUCGACCCAGCCCUUCUGGAACUACGGCUCGACGCUCAACUCCGGAUCCGCGAUACGGCCCUGGGGUCUCGCCAACACGCCGUUGGACUACGACCCCCCUAUCACCAACGCCUCGGAGCUCGUCGUGGAAAUCGUCGGCAACGACACCCUGGCCCUCCGCAAUUGCCACCUGCAAGCCGAGCCGGCGCGCCAGUUGCCCAAGAUUGCGAGUGUGCCCUACUUGUGCAUCACGGGCGAGGCCAGCGUGCACGCCACGUAUGAUCACUGCGUUAUCGAAUAUUUGAAGCAGGCUGGGGCAAACCCGGACUGGAUCAAGCUGGCUGAUCUUGGAAUACAUGGGAAUGGCCACUUUAUGCAUCUUGAGAUGAAUAACCUUGAGAUUGCUGCUGUGGUUGAGGGGUGGAUACUGAAAACGGAGAGUUCGCAGCCGUAG